AUGGCACACCACCUCCUCCUUUCCAAAGUCUCCGCCAUAACUGGCGGUACCACCGGAAUUGGACGCGCCAUCGCCCUCGAGUUCCUUCGCCAAGGCAGCAACGUCGCCAUCAACCACUUGAACCUGCCGUCCGACUCUCACCAUAAAGACUCGCUCCUCGCGGAAGCAGCAGCUCUGAGAGAGAAAGAUGACAAGGCGGGCAGGCUGAUCGAGGUUCAGGGCGACGUGAGUAAGCCCGAGACGGGAAAGUUGCUGGUAGAGGAGGCUGUUAGAGAAUUUGGGAAGCUGGACGUUUUUGUCAGUAAUGCGGGGGUGUGCCAGUUUGCGGAAUUUUUGGACCUCGACCAUGACCUCUUCGCCUCAACAGUUCGGAUCAACCUCGACGGCGCCUUUUACUCCUGCCAAGCUGCCGCUCGGCAAAUGGCGAAACAAAACACUGGCGGCAGCAUCAUCGCGAUUUCCUCGAUCUCUGCUCUCGUCGGUGGUGGUCUCCAAACACACUACACGCCUACGAAAGCUGGUGUCUUAUCCCUGAUGCAAAGCAUGGCAGUCGCACUUGGCAAGUACAAGAUACGGUGCAAUGCGCUACUACCUGGUACUAUAAAGACGCAGCUUAAUGAGGAAGAUCUGAAUGUCGAGGAGAAGAGAAAGUACAUGGAGACAAGGAUACCGCUGGGUAGGACGGGAGAGCCUAGAGAUAUGGCCGGUCCCGCUGUGUUCUUGGCAUGUGAGGAGUUGAGCGGGUAUGUGAAUGGAGCGCAGCUUCUGGUGGAUGGCGGACUAUUUGUGAAUUUGCAAUGA